GCUGGGUCGCAGCUCGCAUGGGGGAGUCUAUCCCGCUGGCCGCCCCGGUUCCGGUGGAACAGGCGGUGCUGGAGACGUUCUUCUCUCACCUGGGUAUCUUCUCUUACGACAAGGCCAAGGACAAUGUGGACAAGGAACGAGAGGCCAACAAGAGCGCGGGGGGCAACUGGCUGUCGCUGCUGGCGGCCUUGGCCCACCUGGCCGCGGCCGAGAAGGUCUAUCACAGCCUCACCUACCUGGGGCAAAAACUAGGGGGCCAGUCCUUCUUCAGCAGGAAGGAUUCCAUCCGAACCAUCUAUACGUCCCUGCACAACGAGCUGAAGAAGGUGGUGACUGGCCGCGGCGCCCUGGGCGGGACCGCCCCGCACGUGGAGGAACUGCUUUCCCACCUGUCAGAGCAGCUCUGCUUCUUCGUUCAGGCCCGCAUGGAGAUCGCAGACUUCUAUGAGAAGAUGUACGCCCUCAGCCCGCAGAAGUUCAUCAAUGCUGAGGAGCUCGUUGGCCUUUUGGACACCAUCCUCAAGAAAUACAGCUCCAGAUUUCACCACCCCAUCCUCAGCCCUUUGGAAAGCAGUUUCCAGCUGGAAGUGGACGUCCUGAGUCAUCUCCUGAAGGCCCAGGCUCAGGUCUCAGAGUGGAAGUUCCUCCCGUCUCUGGUGAACUUGCACAGUGCUCACACCAAGCUGCAGACUUGGGGCCAGAUCUUUGAAAAGCAGCGGGAGACCAAGAAACAUCUGUUUGGAGGGCAGUCUCAGAAGGCCGUUCAGCCCCCACACCUUUUCCUCUGGCUGAUGAAACUCAAAAACAUGCUUCUUGCCAAGUUUAGCUUUUACUUUCACGAGGCACUGAGCCGACAAACGACUGCUUCAGAAAUGAAAACGUUAACUGCGAAAGCCAACCCAGACUUUUUUGGAAAGAUUUCCAGCUUCAUCAGGAAGUAUGAUGCUGCCAAUGUGUCCUUAAUCUUUGACAACCGAGGUUCUGAGAGCUUUCAGGGUCACGGCUAUCACCACCCCCAUUCCUACAGAGAGGCCCCUAAGGGAGUGGACCAGUAUCCAGCUGUGGUGUCUCUGCCCAGCGACAGGCCCGUCAUGCACUGGCCCAAUGUCAUCAUGAUCAUGACAGACCGCAUGUCCGAACUGAACAGCUUGGAAAAGGUGGUCCACUUCUAUGAUGACAAAGUUCAGAGCACCUACUUCCUAACCCGCCCGGAACCUCAUUUUACCAUUGUUGUCAUUUUUGAAUCAAAGAAAUCUGAAAGAGACUCCCACUUUAUUUCCUUCCUCAAUGAGCUCUCACUUGCCCUUAAGAACCCCAAAGUUUUUGCGAGUCUGAAGCCUGGCUCCAAAGGCUAGCCGGUGGUUUGUGUGAAAGGUUUGCAAGACUGGAAAGUUUGUUCCUAAUUGCUCUAAUGAUCUGCUGUGGUCUGUGAUUAGAGUUUCCAUCCAUUCAUGCUUCUUUCAGAGCUAAAUUAAAGACAAAUCCUCCCUAAUUGUGUCACACACUUUAUAAGCAAUUAAGGCCAAUUGAAUUAAGUAUCCAAAGAGUAAUCUAGGAAGUGAUCAUGGCUACUGGGUCUCUCCAUGGUACAGCAGAGUACCUGCAGUAUUUUCUCCUAUUUUCCUGUGUUUCAUGUAGACUGAAUAUUUAUUGGCCUUUGGUUGUUCUUUCCACCUGUUUUAUAUUGUUCUAAACUUUGUUUUAAUGCAAUUCCAAAUGCCUUCUCUUUUCCCCUCCUUCCAGGACCAGUAAAUGGGAUAAGAUAUUAAAUGGCCUUUUCAGAA